AUGGGUUGUUCUUCAACAAAAUCUUAAGUACAGAAAAUAAAAAAGGAUUUGGUAAUUCAACAAAGAAAGAUAUAAAAAUUCAAUUAAUAACUUAAAUUAUUAGAAGAAGAUAUCGAAAAAUUGGAUAAUCAAUAGAGGUAUGAUGAAGCAGAUUUAAAGGAUUUAGGUAUUUUUAAAUAACAUUUUAGAAUUUUAGCAAUUAUCAAAAGAAAAAAAAAUACUUAUUAAUGAUAUAAAAAGUAGAAAAAAAACUUUGGCAAGAUAUGAACAAUUUGAUAAGAAAACCAAGAGUUUAAAAGAGUAAAAUAAAUUAAAUGAAGAAAAUAUAAAAUAGUAGAUAAAAGCAAAAGAAUUAUUAGAAAAUAGAGAAAAGAUAAAUAAUAAAAAUAAAGAUUUAGAGGAAGAUAUGAUAGAAUUAUACAAUUCUUAAGAAUUAAUAGAGAUGGAGCAAAGCUAAUACAAACCACAACGAAAUAGAAAUCAAUGUAGAAAUUAAAAUCAAUAUGAAAAUCCAAAUAGAAAUUCAAACCUAAAUCAAUUUAAAAAUUAAGAACCAUAGUAAUUAUAUCCCCCUGCAAAUUAAGCUUAUGCUUUUGAACCAUUAAAAAUAGAAAAUAAUAAAAGUAAACAAAUGUUUUAGCAGCCUCUAUAAUAAUCAGUUUUAACAAAUUGA